GGGAGCCUGUUCAAUGCCCGACCACCUUCUGGGGUUAAAAACCUUUCCUAACAUCCAAGAAAAAGUGUGAGUUUGGUUUGCCAAUUUCUGUGCUAAUUUGCAGGUUUGCACCCUGGUAGGCUGGAUAAAGAUGUGGCUGGGUAAAACCCUGAGCAGCCUGGUGUGAUCCCAACCUGUUGGGAACAGAAGGUUGAAUAACAGACUUCCCAAGGUUCCUGAAUUAUCCUGUGAAAAUAUGGGUCACUCCAGGGCUUGUAGGAGACCCCCUGAAGGGACCUCUGGGGCAAUGGUACCUGUCUGGGCUCUGGCUCCAGGAGCUGAGGCUACCAGAAUUGUCUGAGCUGUGGGCAUCCCCUCCAUGACAUCUUUUCUGCUCCCAGGGACCAGGGUUAUCCAAAGUGCCUUUCUCCUGCUCUGUCAGGGGUGCUUGGGCAGGUAACAGCUGUGGCUGAGUCCCUUUUCCUCAUUUAGCACUCCUGACCUGAGAUACUUCACAGCAGGUUAGGCUCCAGGGGGUUUCAUAUUGGGAUUUUAAAAACUGUGAGCUCCAAACAACAUCUCCAAUCCUGAUUCUCAGUCCUCCAGGUGAGGAUGGAGCUCUGCAGCCCAGUGUCAUGCCCACACCUGUGGGGCCAUGGUCCAGGGGCUGAGGGGACCAGGGUCCAGGGGCUGAGUUAAAAGUUUAACAGUGUGUGCUGUGGUUGGUGUAAGCAGUGUUGUGGUAAAUUGUUGUCUGGCACCAUGGAAGCCCCUGACAAGAGCUGGGAGAACCCUGGGAGCUGCUGAGUUUCAGCUGUGGCAGGAGUGUGCUUACAAGUUCACACCAACAGUGUUGUUGCUGCCCAUGUGUGGCCUUGGAAUGGUUUUGGGCUUGGAAUAGAAUUUGUGCUCCAUGUGUGCUCAAAGGGUGGGAGUUGGGACAAGGAGUUAGGGAAAGGUUUCCACCAGCAAGAUAGAAGUUGCUCCAGCCAAAGCACUCACACUGCUGCUGAGGCACAGUCUUUGGUAGAAUGAUGGCAUUGUUGAGGUUGUAGAGGACAUGUAAGAUCACCGAGUCCAACAGCAGGGCAGGGAUGGGCUCCUCUGCCUCUUGAAGGGCUCCCAACGUUCUGAGCUGGGCUGUCCCAACGCUGGGACAUGCCCUUGGCUGCAGUGAGGCCUUUCCCAGGAGGCUGCUGAAGCCUCCUCGGAAGUCUGGAGGUUAAUGUCAGUUGUUCAGCUUUUCCAGUUUAAAGACCAGCACCACAAUCUGUAAUCCAAAUUCAUUCUGUUCACCCUGAACUCACAGGAGAACCAGAAUCCACAGCAUCAGCCUAGCCCCAAAAAGAUUUGGAGAGUGAUCCACAAUCACACAAUAUCUCAAACUGGAAGGGACACAUAAGGACCAUCAAGUCCAACUCCCUGUUCCUGGAACCCAAAAUUAAACCAUAAUGUUGACUACUGCUUGGCAUUUCCUGUGCAAAUAUUUGCUUUUGUGUUCACACCAGAGACUGUGAGAAACCUGGGUGGAGCAUCAUGAACCUGAGCACUGGAUCUAGUUAUUUCUCUUCCUUUCUAGGCAUUUUCCAGGCCCAAGUUUUGUUUGAUUUUAAAAAAAGGCAAAAAUUCCCACAAAAUGAGGAGCUAUCCUUGAAAUAUUUGACCCAAUGAUGAAUUAAGGAUUGACUGGAUUUAAGUGCCAAAAAAAGCAGAUAGAUUCCUAUGGGGUAUUAGGAAGCACUGAAACAGGUUGGCUACUAAAUUUAUUUUGGCUUUCACUUGGAGUCUGGUGUCCAGAUUAGUUUCUCAGUUCCUUCCGUUAUCCUGACACUUAACAGUGCUUUUCUGCACCUGGAGAGCCUGAAAGGUCUGUGCUGUUUACCAAUUGACAUCAACUGUGUUGAUAUUUCUGGUCACAAACCUGACAGAACUGGGAGAGCUGGAUCUUCUCCUCAAUGUGAUCACACCAUCCCACUCUGUGCCCUCUGAUUAUAACACCUUUAUCUGAAUGCCUCUGGUUUUAAAAUUUCAGACUUUGUCCUUUGUAGCCCGAGUCUUAGCUGACCCUGCUUCACCAAAGUGAGUACCCUGUUUUCCACAUGGAUGUCUUCCCUUCCAAAUUCAAACUGCAUCAGAAGGGGCCAAGACAUGACGGUGGUCCUCUUUGUAGCCCUGCCUUCAUCCUGGCAGCAGGUGCUUUGGAGAGGAUGCUGCUGCAAUGUGGAGCCCCUGGGCCCAUGGGUGGGGGGCUGGUGACAGCCAGUGAGGGCCAGUUGUGCCCUCGAGGCCCUGGCACUUUGCUUCUUCCUUGAGAUUCAUGGCUAGACAGGCUGAGCAUCACCAGUGCCAUGAGAAACUCAGGUGGGGUUCAGGGGGCAGUGACCCCCCAGUAACUCCUGUCACUGGUGAAAUUCUCUCUCUUGCAGCCAGUUAGAAGAUCAAGGGUGACCCUCCAACAAGAGAACUGGAAGGGGACCUUCAGGGAGCUCUGCCUGCUCCAGGGUGGGAUUUGGCAGCUCUCAGUCACAGUCUGUCAGAGCACUGUAGGCCCCCGUGGGAGCCAGGAGCAGCUUGUGGUGGACCUGUUGUGCUUGUACCAUCUUAUGGUGGUGCCAGGGCCUCGCUGUGUGUCCAGGCAAGGUGAUGGACAGCAGGGGGGAGAUGGAGGUGGUGAGGAGCACCAAGGGCAGUGCUGCUGGGGAGGUCAGUGUCCACGUGGUCACCACCGAGAGCACUGUGCAGAGCACCCACCUGCCCACCACUGCCUUCAUCAUACCAGCAAACGCCACUGCCAUCAACCUGCCCACGAGCACCUUAGAAAUCCAGCGAUUCCCCCGGGAGCCCCAGAGAAGCACAGGGGCUGAGAGGCCAGAGAGGGGAGCAGGGAAUGAGCCCAUCACAGCUGCUGUCAUUCCCCAGAUCAGUGGGGUGCAGACCUGCAGCACAGUCCGUGUGCUGGAGUGGAAAGAUGGGGUGGCAACUUUGCCUGGGAGUAACCUGCGGUUCCGGAUAAAUGAGUAUGGGACGCUGAAGGUGGUGAGUGCUGAUAAGAUGCCUCCUGUGGAAGCUGUGAAGGAGGGUCACACAGAGAAAGAUGGGGACUCUGAGGUGUCACCCCCCAGCAGAGACAAUCCUACUGUGGCUCAGGAGGUGCCAGAGCAGCCCACGCUGCCGGCGGCAGAAGGCCUGUGCCACUGCGAUACCUGCGGCCGCCGACACGUGUGGGACGGGGCCCGGGAGGGCAGGGGCUUCUGCAGCGAGCACUGCCACCAGCAGUUCAAAGAGAGGUCUGUCAUCGUGGAAAACUCUGCCAGCAGCACCAGUGCCACUGAAAUCCUCAAGCCUGUGAAGAAACGAAAGAGGAAGGACUAUCAGAGCCCUUCAGAGGAAGAAUAUGAAUCUGAGCAAAUGGAGGAAAAGCAGGAAGAGAGGAAAAGCUCUGUGGAAGACUCUGCCAUGAGCAAUCUGGAGGCUGAGGCGUGGAACGGGAGCCAGCACGGUGCCAGUGAGGAGAAGAAAGAAGGCUGGUCUUGGGCGUCCUACUUGGAGGAGCAGAAAGCUGUUGCUGCCCCUUUAGAUCUCUUCCAGGAUUACCAAGUAGCUUCCCAGCACAAGAAUGGCUUUAAAGUGGGGAUGAAGCUGGAGGGGAUUGACCCGCAGCACCCAUCUAUGUACUUCAUCCUGACAGUGGCUGAGGUGUGUGGUUACCGGAUGCGUCUCCACUUCGAUGGCUACUCAGAGUGCCACGACUUCUGGCUGAACGCUGACUCCCCUGACAUCCACCCUGCUGGCUGGUUUGAGGAGACAGGGCACAAACUCCAGCCCCCCAAAGGGGUUGUAGGUUAUAAGGAAGAAGAAUUCAGCUGGACAAACUACUUGAAGUUAACAAAGGCUCAGGCAGCUCCUAAGCACCUCUUCAUGGUCCGAAACACUCACGAGGCUUCCCCAGGCUUCAAGGUGGGCAUGAAGCUUGAAGCCGUGGACCGCAUGAACCCUUCCCUGAUCUGUGUUGCCACAGUGACUGACGUGGUGGACAAUCGCUUUCUGGUGCACUUUGACAACUGGGAUGAUACUUAUGACUACUGGUGUGAUCCCAGCAGUCCAUACAUUCACCCCGUUGGAUGGUGUCAUGAGCACGGCAAACCCCUCACACCUCCUCAGGAUUACCCUGAUCCCGACAACUUCACCUGGGAAAAGUACUUGAAAGAAACUGGAGCAUCUGCUGUCCCAGCUUGGGCCUUUAAAGUGCGCCCGCCCCACGGCUUCCUGGUCAACAUGAAGCUGGAGGCAGUGGACAGGAGGACUCCUUCCUUCAUCCGAGUGGCCAGUGUGGAGGAUGUGGAAGAUCACAGGAUAAAGGUCCAUUUUGAUGGUUGGAGCCACGUGUAUGAUUUCUGGAUUGAUGCCGAUCAUCCAGACAUCCAUCCUAUGGGCUGGUGCUCGAAAACAGGACAUCCACUGCAGCCUCCUCUCAGGCCAAAGGAACCGGCCUCCUCUGCCCAUGGGGGCUGCCCAAGCCUGGGCUGCAAGAGCAUCCCUCACUCCAAGAGCUCCAAGUACAGCUUUCACCACAGGAAGUGCCCCACGCCGGGCUGCGAUGGGUCAGGCCACGUGACGGGGAGGUUCACAGCCCAUUACUGCCUCUCAGGGUGCCCGCUGGCAGAGAAGAACCAGGGCAGGCUGAAGGCCGACCUGUCUGACACCGAGGCCUCAACUCGCAAGAGGAGCCCCAUGGGUUUCCCUCAGCGAAAGAAAUCUCGGCACCACGGGAGAGGGAGACCUCCAAAGUACCGGAAGAUCCAGCAGGAAGACUACCAGACUAUUUCUUCAGACAACAUGCACCAGUCGCUCUUCAUGUCUGCCCUGUCCGCCCACCCCGACCGCUCCCUGUCCCUGUGCUGGGAGCAGCACUGCAAGCUGCUGCCAGGGGUGGCUGGCAUCACAGCAGCCACGGUGGCCAAGUGGACCACUGAUGAGGUUUUUAGCUUUGUGCAGACUCUGACGGGCUGUGAGGACCAAGCCAAGCUCUUCAAGGAUGAGAUGAUCGAUGGCGAGGCGUUCCUCUUGCUGACGCAGGCUGACAUCGUCAAGAUUAUGAGUGUCAAGCUGGGCCCAGCACUCAAGAUCUACAAUGCCAUCCUCAUGUUCAAGAAUGCUGAUGACACCUUGAAGUGACUUCUCUUGGCCCAACGGGGACAGUCCCUCAUCACUGGUGCUGCCAAACUGUCUGGUCAGGACAGAGAUUCCCCCAGCCGACCGCAGCUUGUCACGUCCUGCUCGUGUCCUCCCACGAUGCCACAUCUCCACUCUCCCACCAAUCCAUCUCCCAUCCUCUUCCUUCCAUGCUGCCCUUCUGCAGCGCUGGGCCCAGGCUGGCCCCAGGCCUCGGGGGCGGUUGCAGGGAAGGAGCGUGGACGUGGCCCUGCCCCAUCUUAGCGCCACAGUUCCCCCCACGUCCUGCUGUGCCUGCCCUGUGUAGGGCAUGCUGAGGCCAGGGGAGCACUGUGCAGGGUGUCACCGUGGGGGGCUGGCACCUACUCCAGUCACCCAGGCAGGGGAAGGGGACUGCCUGCAUACAUGCUCAUACUUGCUUAAAGGCUGCUCUUGCCUUUGCUCAGCAGCUGAGGGAGAUUUGGGGUUUUUCCCUCUCUGUGAUCCUCUGGGGGUACUUGUGCUAACACCGUUUCCAAGGGACGUUCAAGGGACGUUCUUGAGGAGUUUCUGCUCAUUUUGCCUUUUUCUCUGAAUUCUUUUGACUUUCCCUUUAUAAGGCUGGUUGAUGACUGCUUUGCCCCUGCACUGCAUUGCAAACCAGUGGCCACCUCUUGUCCCUUCACUGAGCAGCUGUCCUGGCUGCUGCUCUGCCCAUGACCAGCGCCUGUGCUUUAUUCCUUUUUCCUGGAAUGCAGCAGCCCCAGAGCCCUGCCAGGGCUGGCUGGCUGGGUGCAGAAAAGGCUCCAUUUCUUCUUGAGUUUCAGACUCUUUUGUCCAGCACUUCUCUGGGAGAAAGGAUGCUUGGAUUGCAUCUAUUCAAGAGUCAUCUACAAAGGAAGUUGGGCCCUCUUUGGUCCUUGUAUUAGGAGCAAGGCCUUCUUUAGAGUGGAGACAGCUGCCAAGGACAAGAAGCAUCCAUUGCUCCAGCAGGCUGAUCCACAGUUGCUUCUGAUGGCAUUCCUGAGUUGGCUGAGUCGAUUCUGCCAAGCUGCCUUCUCCCCCCUCUUUGCCCUCACAAGGCAUCCAGGUUUUGCUGUCUGAAGAGCAGGAUCUUCUGCUGUCCCUGGAUCCCUUACCUGCAGAGCUAAAAGAAAUCUAGCACUUAGUUGCUUUGUUUCUGUCCUUUUCAGAAGAUAGCACCUUUCCAACAGGACCACAGGCAGUUUGGGAAUGCUCUUGUAACGUUGUCCCUUUUAAUGGAGGAGGGACCAAAGAGCUGCAGAGCCAGAAAAACCAACAUUCCUGGGGGUCCUGGCAGAGUCCCAGCAGUUUCUGAUAAGCCCCUGUGCCUCCUGGCAGUCCCCACACUGCUCUCCAUGGUCCAUCACCCUGCAUGCCUGAUGUGGGAUCUGUUGCAGCAGGGGGUGGCCGUGCAGUGCUGGAGGACAGCCACCUGCCCUGGGACCCAGUCCCAGGUCCACUUCCUUUGCCAUUCCCAACAAUGACAUUCCAGUAAUAAAACAAUUUCCUCCUUUUCCCACUGCCCAAAGACAGGGGUGCAGAGAUGUGAGCAAGUGCACCAGCAAUGUGUCCUGGAGUAGCGCUGCCUUGGGAGCCACUGUCACAUCUGGGUCAACCUGUUUGAGGCUUCCCAUGGAAAUGUAGCAUUUUGAAUCUAUUAUUGAAUAUUUGGGGUCAUGUCUGACCUGCUCUUGAAACAUCUGCUGCUUGCUCUUCACGCAGGACUUGCAACUUGUCCAUGUCUUUGUUUUGUCAUUGCUUGGGUUUGAUUUAGGCAGCUUUCCCCCUCCUUUCCUUUUUUAUGUCCUUGUAUCUCUUCAAGCACUGCAGCUUGGCCAGCUGUGGAGAGAGAGACUGGGAGCUGUGUCCCUGGGUCCCAGAGUCACUGCUUGAGCCACCCUUCAUCUGCAGGAAGUGGUGUGGAAGUUGGUCUCUUCAGCUGAUGGAGAGUCUCUUUCUGGGCCACUGUAUGCUGGGGGAGGAGCCCUGGGACUUUCAGCCCAGGCUGUGAAUGGUGCUGAGACUUUUCCAGGUGUGAUCUGGAAUGAAAAGGCUCCCUCACACUGGACACAGCCUUUGAGCUGGCAAGGACCCAUCUUAGGAAAGCAUCCUGUUCUCAUCUGCUGUAUUCCCAUGUGUGAAGUCGUUCCUCCUGCUGGGGAAGGGACUGAGCACUGUCCCAGGGUGCUGGGAGAGGAGCUGCUGCCCAGGCAUCAGAUCUGAAACUACUGUGAAGGAGGGAGAGCCUUGUGUCUCACAGGGCUGCCUGGGAGAGCAGAGGUGGCGAGGAGCUCAGAAGAUCCUGCUGAAGGGGAAGAGGAGCCAUGAGCCAAGCCCUGGCUGUCCCCCAGGGCUGGGUACAACCAGCACCACUGGCCCUUGCUCUGCUGUUGGGUGCAGCUGAGCCGUGCUCUGCCUGGACACCAGCCACACAGGCAGAGGUGCAUCCCCACACUGCCAGCCAGGCAGCGCCCGCCCUGCGCUCUCCUCACCUCCCUCUUAAAAACAGACGUGACCUAGAGCGGACUGCCAGGGUGCUGCCCCUUCGGCUGGCUGCAGAGCUGGAGCCCAGCUCCCCACUGGGUCUGAGCUCUGUGCUGGGAACAGCAGUGCCAGGAAGGGUGAUGGGAGGCUGUGUCACACACCUGCUGAAUUGAGCAUCACUUCCUCAGCCUCUCAGGCUGAUGUACCUGUUGGGGUACAAAGCUGCUGGACUUGUCUGGGUGAGGGAGUUACAGGGUUUGUAGGUGGUCAAGGGCUAUUUACUGUUAAAACUUACAACCUUCUGUGUCCUUUAAAAACAAACCCAAAGCGUUGUGUACGUGUGGAUGGGUGAUUGUGGGAGUACCCUGACACCAUUCCCCUGCUGUUGGUGUGUUGCUGUUUUAGGGUGGGGGUCUCUGAGGCUGUGGAGUCAGCAGACACCCAUCCCAGGGUCUCAUGUGAUGUGUCCUCUGUGAGCAGUUGUCCCUGGUCCCAGCAGGGAGGGCAAGAGAAGGAAGGUUUGCUGCACCCCUGGCCUUGGUAGGUCCUUCAUCCCCACAGAGCACUGAGUGGGAGUCCUCCCUCAGGGACUGUCAAAGACAGCUGUGACCAAGGCAGAAGCACCAAAGUUUUCUGUCCUUCCCCUGUUGCCUGACCAUAUUCCUCACAGGGACAUUCAGUGCCGUGUCACUAAGAGCCAGAGAGGACAGUGGGCUGGGUCUGGCCCACAGGUUCCCCUCUGGGGCCUUUCUGAGAGAUGCGACUGCAGCCAGCAUUUCUAAGUCAAUGAAGAAUUCUUCAAGUCGAAUGUUUUUCUGAGUGGAGGUCCCCAGGUCUCUGUUUCUGCCAUUCCUGCCCCUGCAGCUGGUGUUGGCAGGGCUUAGCUGGAACCAUGGGAGAAGUCCCACUACAUGCUCCAGCCUCAGCUAUGGGGUGUCUUCUGGGGAGGCUGGUCUGUGCCUGACUCUGGGUGCGUGGGAGCAGUUGGAGCCUCUUGGGAAACCAUGUCCUCCUCCUCGUGGAAAUGGGCAGCACUGGGACAGUGCAAGCCAAGGUCUCCAUUUUCAGGAGAGCAGCCAGCCUGGAGCUCAGCAGGGAGUGCGGCUGUGCCUGCCCACCAGAGCACAGCCGCCUGCCCUCGCCUUCCUCCGCUGCUUUCCAUGGCGAUCACAAGCACUUUCAGAAGAGAAAAGCACCCUCCAAAUGGUGUAGGAGGGCUGGGGGCUUAGGGCAGCUGCUGCCUGCAGGGGCACAUCUGGGCCUGUGGUGCAAUGAGGGCGUUGGAGGAGGGAGCCAGCAGAGGGGUGUGACUUUGGCACUGGCGUUCUUCGCUCCUCAUCCUCCAGGAGAGCUCCUCAGUGUAGAGAGGGAAAGACAGGAGGGCUGCAGUUUGGCUUCCUUCUUCCAGCCCAGCCUUUCCCUCUGGGGCCUGAGGCUCACUUGUCCUUGGAGGAAGAAAUAGGGACCAUAUUAUGGAGGGAGUGUGAUUAUGAUAACAAAAGCUUUUUUGCACUUUCAUUCAUUUUGCACUCUUUCUUAAUUUCUUUUUUUCUGUGUUUUUGAUAUCGGCGCCUCCUCUCUGUGUUUUCAUAAUGAAAAUCCUUCUGUUGUAGCCAGUGCAGCUAUUCUGGAACUGUGUGUCCUGAAUGUACAGAGAUAUAAAGGCUCUAUAUAUAUAAAUUUAUAGUGCUACAAAAGUAAAUUUAUAUAUAUAGAUGAUGGUGUGAUGUGUUUUGUCAGUGUUUUAAAAUAAUAAACGAAUGUGAGCAACA